AUGCAAGAGGAGAGCAAGUACAUUUCGCAACUGCUCAAUCUGAAAGGUCGCGGUAUGGAAUUGAGUAAAAAAGACUACGACACUUUUGUUAAACAUCUUUGCAACAAAACUAUAUCUGCUGUUCAACUUGGUGCUUUCCUGAUGGCCGUAUUCACGAGAGGCAUGACGCCAGAUGAGACGGCCAAUUUGACAUCUGCCAUGGUCAAUAACAGUGAAAAGAUGCGAUGGAGUGACCAGAAGUGGGCCCAAUUCGUUGUUGACAAGCAGAGCACUGGCGGGGUUGGCGAUAAGACAAGCCACAUUCUCGGCCCAAUGAUUGCUGCCUGUGGUGGAAAGGUACCUAUGAUCAGUGGCCGUGGUCUAGGUAUCGCCGGUGGAACAAUUGACAAGCUCGAAUCGAUUGAAGGUUAUUCACCAAACGUUGACAUGAAACAGCUCAAAUCUCUUAUCAACGAUGCCGGUUUCUUCAUAGUGGGUCAAAAUGAAAGAAUGAUACCUGCUGACAGACCACUUUACAAGUAUCGAGAUGUUACUGGGACCGUUGCCUCAAUUCCCUUGAUAACCGGUUCAAUUCUAUCAAGGAAACUGUGUGAAGGUCUACGCGGCUUGGUGAUGGAUAUCAAAUUGGGGAUUGGUGCUCUUUUUCAAAAUUUAAAUGAAGUUAGACACUUGGCUAGAACCAUGAUUAGCGUUGGUGAGAAGAUGGAUCUCAAGGUUGUUGCAGUAGUAUCCUCAAUGGACCAACCUCUUGGUCAAUGUAGUGGAAAUGCUCUCGAAAUGGCUGAAGUUUUUUCAAUUCUUUCGGGUGGACCUUUUGAGGGUCGGCUGAAAGAUGUGGUUCUUACUUUAGGCCACAAUAUGCUAUCAGCAGCAACCAUUGAGAGUGAUGCAACAAAGGCGUCAAGGAUGAUGCUCCAGGUUCUCAAUAAUGGAAAAGUUCGAGAAGCAAUGGCUAAAAUGCUUGUGGGUCAGGGUGUGAGUUCUGAGUUAGCAGAAAAACUCUGCUCGCCACCACCUGAAGAAUGUCCCGAUGCCAUUGACUACUAUCUAGAGACAAUGGGAAAAAUGGCAGAUGUGAGAACUCCCAUGAAGGCUCCUAAAACAGGUUAUAUAAGUGAAAUUGAUGCUAGGGCGGUCGGACAGGUUGUCUGGCGCCUUGGCGCUGGUCGCGACAAGGAAGACGAUUCAAUCGAUCACACUGUUGGAGUUCGUCUGCUGAAAAAGGUUGGAGAUUAUAUCGAAAAAGGUGAGAUAUGCAUCGCUAUUGAAAAAAGUGGCUACAGUCUUGAAGUCACUUCUGGCAACUUUAUAAUUUACCAAUUUUCCUCGAGCAGGAUAGGAGAUAGGGCAACUGGUGCAUGA